GCGCUCUGCCAGCUCCGCCCAAGGCCUCCCAGGCCUGGCCCCUGCCUCCCGGUCCAGGCAUGGAGGGCGCUGCGCGGGUCCUGGUGCAUCUGUCCCGGGGUGGUGCCCGGCCCCAACGGGCCGCCUUCCUACAGAGCGUCACUGGGCACUUUUGUGCCCCCUACGAGGACACGGCCCUGGUCAGCGCCAGCCUGGACUGCGGCCGCCUUGUCCUCGCUGACCACAGCUUCCCGGGCUCCACCAGCGUCCUCCUGCAGCGCCCGCCCUUCUGCCCCAUGAAGCUCCUGGCCGAGCCACAGACGGCCACGCUGCCCGCUGAGCUGCGGGGCCGCGGCGUGGACGUGGGGGUAGCCGUGCUGCUGCAGACCAGUGACAGGCGGGUCCUGCUGACACGGAGGGCGCCCGGCCUCAGCAUCUUCCCCAACAUCUGGGUCCCGCCAGGUGGGCACGUGGAGCCAGAUGAACAGCUGCUGGAAGUGGGACUACGCGAGCUGCAGGAGGAGACAGGCUUGCGGCUGGAGCCGGGUGCAGUGUCCUGGAGGAUGCUGGGCCUGUGGGAGUCCGUGUUCCCGCCUCGGCUGAGCCGGGGGCUGCCUCGCCGCCACCACAUCGUAGCCUACUUGCUGCUGCUGGCCAAGGAGACCCAUCAGCAGCUGGAGGCAAGGAUGCAGCCUGAUGAGAGCGAGGUAAGCGCCUAUGCCUGGCUGGAGCCCCCAGUCCUGGAGUCCAUCGUGGCAGCUGGGGACAUGGCAGAGAGCUUGGGGCAGGUGCCCAGCCACCUCCCAGCUACUGUCAGGGUGACGGAGCUGAGUGGGGGCCAGGCGCAGGCCACAGAGCUGCCAACUGCCACGCUGCUGAACACGGCGCCAGCCCACGGCGAGGAUGUGGAGCGGGUCAGCACUGGCACCAAGUUCGCCCUGCAGCUAUGGCUGGACACCACAGCUAAGCAGCAAAGCCCUAGGUCCUCAUCCUCCUAGGGCUGAAGUCACGGCCUCAGCAAGGGGUUUGAGAGGAGCAUGGGCCCUGCCGGAGCCUGCGGGCUGGGCCACAGCAGGACCACUGCGGACUGCGGGGCAAAGCCCCCGCUGCACCCUAACGUAGAGAAUAAAGAUGCUGCCUCCUA